UGUAGCAGAUGACUAAGUCUGUGCUUUUUUAUUUAACUUCAUGUUUUUACAAAUAAGAGAAGAAAUGGUCUUCCUUGUGUUUAGGAACCAAACAAAAACAGUUCUAUUCCUUUUGGAACCAUCAAAAUCUCUGAUAUAUAUAGUGGCUUCACUGCGUCAAGGCAACCACUCAUAUCACAAUGAAGCUCCUUCUUUGUCUCUCUAUGCUCUUCAUCUCUUCUCUCCCAUCAUCAUACAGCUGCAACUCAAAAGACGAAAACACCCUCCUUCAAAUCAAGAAACAUUUUAACAACCCCGAUCUCCUCUCCACAUGGAACCCUGCAACCGACUGUUGUACUAGCUGGACCGGCAUCGAGUGCACUAACGGCCGCGUCACGUUACUCUCUAUGUCCAAAGACAACAACCUCGUCGGUCAUAUCCCGGACCAGAUAGGCGACCUCCUCGAACUCCAAUCACUCGAAAUGAGUUACAUGAAUCUAACCGGAAACAUACCACGCACCAUCACUAAACUCAAGCACCUAGACUUCAUCUUCUUAAAGUGGAACAGACUCUCCGGUCCGAUUCCUGAUUACAUCAGCGAGCUCAAAAACGUAACGUUCAUGGACCUCUCCUAUAACAAGUUUACCGGUCCUGUUCCCGGUUGGCUUACUCAGAUGCCGAAGCUUCAGACCUUUCAGAUCGACAACAAUUCGCUAACCGGUCCUAUACCGAACUCUUUCGGUUCCUUUGCUGACAGCGUCCCUAAUCUCUUCUUGAAAAACAAUAAGCUCUCAGGAAAAAUACCGGAGUCGUUGUCAAAGAUCGACUUUCAAGCAGUAGUUCUGGCGGGAAACAGUUUCACAGGAGAUGGUUCAAUGUUUUUCGGAGGGAACAAAAGAACAGUACAAGUGGAUCUAUCGAGAAACAAGUUUGAGUUCGAUCUCUCCAAAGUUAAGUUCGGUAAGAGCAUGGCUUUGUUGGAUCUGAGCCAUAACCGAAUCUUCGGGAAACUUCCUAGGGAGCUGACCGAGCUACCUCUCCAGCGUUUCAACAUUAGUUACAAUCGUCUCUGCGGAAAAAUCCCACGUGGUGGUAAACUUCAGACUUUUAAAUCAUAUGAGUUCGCUCACAACCGCUGUCUUUGUGGGUCCCCGCUUAAGAAGGCUUGUUAAAUUGAUUUGUUUAGUGGCGUGACAACAAAUAAUUACGUUUUAUCUGUACGAUGAUGAUGUGUUAAUUAUCACUGCUUAUCAAAUGAAUUGUUCCUUUGAGGAAUUAAUGCUGUUGUAUCAUUUGUUCUCUUUUUUAAGAAUAACGUUCCUUUUCCUUUUAAAAGUGGUGGGUAUACCGGUGAUUCAUUAGCUGAACUUGAAAUGCCUUUGGCCAUU